CUUACCGGAAGCACCUACAGGGCGGAGUCGCCGGUUUUCACUUCCUUGAUGCACUCAGCUAACAGUGCUGCACAAUGAAAAUACUAGGUUUACUGAGCUUAUUAGCCACACAUUUAUCGGCUAACAGUGUCAAUAUUGAGGAGAACGCAGGCCAGUUCUUCAGCAGUGGUCACACAAACAACUGGGCCGUUCUGGUGUGUACGUCCAGAUUCUGGUUCAACUACCGCCAUGUUGCCAACACGCUGUCCGUCUACAGAAGUGUCAAGAGGCUGGGCAUUCCUGACAGCCACAUAGUUCUCAUGCUGGCUGAUGACAUGGCUUGUAACCACCGGAACCCCAAACCUGCCACAGUGUUCAGCCACAAAAACAUGGAGCUCAAUGUGUACGGCGAUGACGUGGAGGUGGACUACCGUGGCUAUGAGGUGACAGUGGAGAACUUCCUGCGCGUUUUGACCGGCCGGCUUCCACCCAGCACUCCUCGCUCAAAGCGCCUUCUCUCCGAUGACCGCAGCAACAUCCUUAUAUACUUGACAGGCCAUGGCGGGAAUGGCUUUCUGAAGUUCCAGGACUCUGAGGAGAUAAGUAAUGUGGAACUGGCUGAUGCCUUCCAGCAGAUGUGGCAGAAAAGAAGGUACAAUGAGUUGCUCUUCAUUAUUGACACUUGCCAAGGGGCCUCCAUGUAUGAAAGGUUCUACUCCCCAAACCUCAUGGCUUUGGCCAGCAGUCAAGUGGGAGAGGAUUCCCUGUCGCACCAGCCAGAUUUGGCCAUAGGAGUCCAUUUGAUGGACCGUUACACCUUCUACCUGCUGGAGUUCCUGGAAGACAUCCACCCUGCGAGCAAGUCCAACAUGAAUGACCUGUUCAAAGUGUGUCCCAAGAGUCAGUGUGUGUCCACCCCGGGCCACCGUACUGAUCUCUUCCUGAGGGACCCCGGAAGUGCCCUCAUAACAGAUUUCUUUGGUAGUGUGCGCAAAGUCGAAAUCACCAUGGAAACCGUCAACUUGACCGACCCCAUUGAGCAGGUGGAGCAAAAUUUCGUGAAUGAAGAUCUGCAAAAAGAGUCUUAUUCAUAUGUGGACCAGCUGCCAGUGUCCGAGAUAAUCCACCAGAAACCGAAGCAGAAGGACUGGCAUCCUCCCGACGGCUUCAUCCUGGGCCUGUGGACUCUAAUCCUCCUGGUGUUUUUCAAGACGUACGGCAUGAAGCACCUCAAACACAUCUUCUGAGGCCGCAUCGCGUACGCCACUGGAUAUCCGAGGACGGCUGCAGAUACGGAGCUCCCCCCCUCCCCCCUCAGGCGUAUUAGAGGUGCGCCGUCUGACAGGCUUAUUUUCCUGAAAAUGGAAAGUAGACGUAUGGCACCACGACUGCCUGGCCAAAAGCUGUGUAAUGCAAUUGGUGCCUUUUUCUUUUUUGGGGGGGGGGGGGGGGGCGUUUGCAUGACUUCUCCAUGCUGAUCAAUUACAACAUUUGUGUUACCACUAGCAUCACGUCUAUUUUAAUCCGUUUUUUGACAAGGAAUUCUACUUCUAAUUAUUUUUAUUUGUGUCAAAAGUUCUGUUUGGUCAAGUAAUUGCUUUGAUUUAGUGAAAAAAAAAAGCACUGAAUUGAGUCUGCAGAUAAGAAUUUAAUUUAUUUUUGAGAGCGUGCAACUCUGCAUAGACGAGCAGCGGCAGCCCUUUUUGUUUAAGUGCUACUCACAACGUCUGCUCAGUCAGAAAAAGGAGUGUGUGGGACGCGGGCAGGCUUAUUGGCCGUGAGUGGGCCGUGAAGAGAUUACUAUUUAAUGUCCCCCAUGUCCAUAUACAUUACACCCCUUGACUGUCAUAUCGUGCCUGUGAAGGAUAACAAUCGCACAUAAUCCCAUCCCGCGUGAUGGAUCCAUCCACUUUCCCGCUCACCAAAUUGCCCUCCUGGAAACAUCCAUUAGCUCCCCGGCCGCGCACUCCGCUGAUUGUGUUCUGGGUGAUGGACAGCUAUUUCCGCGGCCAUUCCGCGUCCCGCGCUACAGCGGCGAUAAGUGAGUGAUAACCUAGUAAGCCGCCAGCCGUCCCAAAAUGAAUCUCCUCUGUGCCGGGACGUGUUUUCAGCCCCCCGCCCGCUACCUUUUCCUUGCAGUUGUAACCACUCUGCAUCCGACUCAUUGUUUGGGGGGGAGUGACUGAUGCUCAGAGCACACGCGUUGAACCCGGGGUUGUCCGUCUUUUGCCGCGAGAGGCUGCCCGCCGGCCCGCCGCCACUCCCCCUCACGGCUAAAGUGGAAAACGGAUUGUGUUGGAAAUCAAACCAUAUGUAUCAGCAGGCAGCUGCUUUCCUUUUUGUUUUUCAUUAUGUAUGCGAUGCUUAUUUCUUCAUCUUUUUUCCUUCUGAUUACCUUUCAGAGAGGGCGAGGUCAUUUUAUUUCUUCAUUUGAAGGAUUUUGAUACCCUGAUUAAAGAUGAGACACUAAAUCAAAA